GUGUCACGUGAUCUCUUUAGUUCGGUUGGCGAGAUAGAGGUGUUGAAAAACAAUUUCUUUCUUUCUAAGAAAAGAGUUAGGCGCAGUUAGGCAUUUCUAUUAUCGUGAUUCUAUGAAAACAUAGUUUUCUUUUGUAUCUCAGAGCGAAACAAGCAAUAUGCCGAAAAAUAAAGGGAGAAACGCAUUCUAUUUCUUUAUGCUCGCUUGGAAGAAACGUGCGGAAGCACGAGGUUGCACAUUCCCGAACGGUCUUAAGGAUGUACAAGCGGAUCCAGAGUGUAAUAUAGAAUGGCAGGAGUUAUCCAAGCAACAUAAAGGCCCAUAUGAAGCUAUGGCAAAGAAAGAUAAAGUUGCAUCACAGAUCCGUGCAGAUAAUAAAAAGACAUCACUAGGAGAAUCGAUACAACAGUUGGAAGAGCAAGAAAUGGCAGAACAAAAAUUCAUAGCAAAUAUGCAUGAAUAUCUAGAAUCAACAAUUACAAGAUCUGUAAAUCAUAAUGUUUUACCACAGCUGAAAUUCUGCUUUAUACAUGUUAAUUGGUUCUUCACGAAGAUUGUAGACAAUGUUAUUGAAUAUUUCCCAGCUGAAUAUGCAGUUGGAGUUUUUUCACUUGAGAAUGGCAUAGAAGAUGUAUAUCAUGUAGUUGUUGGUGCUCCAAUUCCAUUGGGAUAUAAACGGGAAGCUAUGGAAACCAGUCAAUCUACUCAUAAUAUACCUACAGAAUAUGAAAGUGGAGAAACUGACUUUGCCAUUAUGUAUGAGAAGUUAAUUAAUUUCUUGGAACCUAGGAAGAUUGUGGACAAAUAUCCUCCACUUUAUACAACAAGACCUCUCAAAGGAGCAGUACAGUCUUUAUUAACCAAACUAUGUGAUACAGCAAAACAAGAUGAAGAGCAGUUUCUGAUUUAUGAGGUAGAAUCACUAUUUAAACACUUAGCGGAUGAAGCUUACAAGAAACGAACAGAUCGAGAAAUUAAGUAUACUGCUGCUUAUGCUGAAUAUGUAUUUACACGCUUGAAAUAUAUUUACAAAAGAGGCAAUGAGUGUACAUUUCAUAAAUUUACGGAUGGUGGGUCUGAAUAUUGUAGCAAGUCUAUCCUGUAUCAGUGGACAUGGAAAAUGUGUGAAGAAUUUUGUGAACCACUUCAAAUAAACAUGAGACCAGGAGUGCACUUUCCUGAAGAAACAGAUUGCAACUAUAAAAUUAUGAUGCAGUCAAUGGCUAAUUUAGAUAUUAAGCGUGAAAUUCUUCAAAAUUCUGAGUUAUGUUCUGUAGUGUCUGCAACAGGAGUAAGCGAGCAACAUAGAAUAAAAGUUUCUGAGAGAACAUAUGAAGAGGAAAUACGUCGUCGGAAAGAGUCUAAGCCUGUAUUAGUCAUUGAUCACAGUAAAUUAAAAAAUAAAUCUGGUACUGCUGUUUCUAAUGAACAUGUUGACAAAGUUAUUAUUAAACAUGCUGAUACAGCUGUUAAUAAACUUACCAAUGAAUCAAAGGAAAAAUGUACAACAAAUUAUGUAGGUAGGUUUUUAUUUGAAAAACCAAUGCAACUUCCAAGUACAUCAUAUGCAGCUGCCACCAUAGAUGAUUAUAUUCCAAAGAACGACGAACAGAGCUUUCCUCCUAUUGGUGGAAGAGGUUUGUUAUGUAAAAAGAAUAAAGACGGAUCAAGGAGACCUAUGGGCAGAGGUCAAGGUUAUGCGUAAAUAAAAUUACCUAUGGGUUACAAAUCUGCGCGAAAAGAAUAUAAACUUAAUCAUUCAUUUUAUGUGAAAAAUAUGACAAUUUUCUUUUAUUCAUAGUCUAAAAACAUUGUUACUUUUUUACAUGAGUCUAAUUAUAGACUAAUUAUAAACAUAUAAGUACAUAAUAAAUAAUCAAAGAUUGUAGUUUUUUAAAACUGCAAUAUUUAUAUGAAUUAGUUUAUAAACUAAUUUCAUUAUAUUUAAUAUUUUUUCUUUCUAUGUGAUAAUCUAAGUGUAAUAUUGAUAUAAUAAAAAGGGAUAUUUUUU